AACCAUUGAUUGCCUACGUGUCGGUAUAAAGACGACACAUGUACAGACAUUGAUUGGAUGUGUGCUACAUUGUCUAUUUUACAAUUUAAUAAUUCAUUCAUAACAACGACAUAGACAACAAAGAAACGGCAGCUAUUGGAAAUUUACAUCACCUGAUAUCCGAGUUUCUGUGACGAGACAUUUCGACAAGACAAUGGGGGUUAAUUAUUAUAUGAUAUUUGUGUUAUGGACAUGUACUAGCCUUGUCCGAGGACAGAUAUUCUCAUCUGUUAAUCAUGUGGAGACGUUGUACGAUGAGGAGGGGAGGCUCACACGGGCCCUGAGGAGGUACACCGAGACUAGUAUAAAGAAUGGAACAGAGGUGGGGGGUCAAGUAUUGCAGUUUGUUGAAAACAUUUCCAAGCAAAGGUCUGCUGUUGCUGAUGCUGGACUAUGGGUCGGCCAUCCAAUCAACGCAUUCCGUCUAAUACGGCGAGUAGCCGUGGACUGGGAGCAGUUGUUUGGAGAAAUAUUUUGUGAUGAAUGCCCGGACACACUUGCCGCAAAAGGCUUACAGAUAUCGAAAAAAAUCGUUGUGAAGACUGUAAAAAUUUGGCCCUCGAAAAUUGACAUCCUUGGAGCAGCGCGAGGACUUCUACGCCUAUGGCGAAUUUACAAUCUUGACCUUCCACAAUUGUUCAACGGAACAAUACUUGAAGAAAGUACCGACCCUCUAUCAUGGCGAGAAAUGUUAACGAUCGCGAAAGGAGCAAUAGAUGUGGGCAUGCUUUAUGAAGGUAUAACAUGGAUGACGUCAUUACUUGACGUUUAUAAUAAAGGACAGCUGGCGUUAGAGGUGCGGUUCGAGGAGGGAAUUCUGCGGAGAAAUCUAGCAUCUGCAUAUUAUCAGGUCGGUAUGCCAAGGAAAGCAGUGGAAGUUCUAGAGAAAUCAGAUCCUAGUAACCGAGGGUCUAACUAUGGGUUUUACAAAGCUCGCGCAGACGCGAUUCCCAUAGGAACCCCUCGUGCGGAACUGGAAGCCCCUAAACCUACAGACAAAUACCAGGCAGCAUAUGAGGCGUUAUGUCGGGGACCCCUGCAGCCUGCAAAAAUGCAAGCCAGACUGAAAUGUUUUCUGAAGGAAACAAGUGUAAAAUUUUACAUGAUUAAAGCGGAAGUUGCCAACUUAAAACCUAUCAUCAUUAUCUAUCAUAACAUAAUUUCCAGUAAUGAGAUUGAGCUUCUCCGUAAAGAGGCCAACAACUCUUUGACAUUUUCAAUGAUUUAUGCCGAAAGUGGACAAUCAUUUGUGGCACACACAAGAGUGAGUCAAACAGCCUGGCUUAAGGACACUGAUUACCCAACUUUGCUCCGUUUAAACAAACGUAUAUCCACCGUCACAGGACUGGACACGACCUUCCGGGAGUACCGCAGUAGUGUCGAACGAUACCAGGUAGUCAACUAUGGAAUAGGUGGCGAGUACGGUCCCCAUAACGACCACCUGGGUAAACCUUUGUGGGAGGGAAAUGGACUACCGGAAGUAGAGGAAAUUAACGAUUCUGGAGACAGAAUAGCCACAUGGAUGUUUUAUUUAAGUCCAGUGUCGGCAGGGGGCGCUACUGUGUUUCCGCUACUGAAGGCACGUGUCCCUGUUACAGAGGGAUCAGCCGUAUUUUGGUACAACACGUUGCCAAACGGAUCCCCCAAUAGGAGAAUGAUGCAUGCGGGCUGUCCAGUACUACUGGGAUCCAAAUGGGUGGCCAACAAAUGGAUACGACAGCAUGGGCAAAUCUUCCGAACGCUUUGUGGCAGGACGAAAAAAACCAAUUUUGGACUGGAAAACAUUUGAUAUGCUUGAACUUUUUUUUUCAUAUAAAUUCAACCGAGGAUGAAUUAUGACAUGUUCAUAUAAAUCCAUUUUACGGUUAUUAAGAGAAAAUCCUUCCGGAUACCUGAUGAAAAUAUAUUGUGUAACACUUCUGUGUGUUUUUAAGGUAUGCAGUCUCUUACAGUGAUCAGUCCAAUAGAUUGUUGGUAAUAAAUACAUGUAAUAAGAAUUACCCAUUAUCAAAUCUGGGAUAUACAAAUAAAAUAUUGUUUAACAAGAC